AUGUCAGGGCCAGCAGAAUCCCUGGUUGAGGAAGCCUGUCAACGAAGGCUAACUUGCAUCAACCCGGAGUUGAGAUUCCAGCUUUGCCCCUACAGCCAGCUCCAGCAGUGCGGGGAUGUGGCUUGUCCCCCAGAACCUCCCUCUGUGUGCGAUUGUCAGCACGCCCUGCUGGCAGACUUAGAGUCUACCACCUCUCACAUCUCCAAGCGGCCGGUCUUCUUAUCCGAAGAGACCCCCUACUCGUACCCAACUGGAAACCACACCUACCAGGAGAUUGCCGUGCCGCCUCCAGUCCCCCCGCCCCCGUCCAGUGAGGCCCUCAAUGGCACCAUCCUUGACCCCUUAGACCAGUGGCAGCCCAGCGGCCCCCGAUUCAUCCACCAGCAGCCUCCAUCCCCGUCGCCCACGUCUGGCUCCAGUGCCCCUGUCCCCCAGGGGAGCAGCCUCAGUUCUCCGUGUUCCCGAGCAGGCGAGGAGGAGCACGUGUACAGCUUCCCCAAUAAGCAGAAGUCGGCUGAGCCUUCACCCACCGUGAUGAGCGCCUCGUUGGGCAGCAACCUUUCGGAACUCGACCGGCUGCUGCUGGAGCUGAACGCUGUGCAGCACAGCCCCUCCGGCUUCCCUGCAGAUGAGGCCAGCUCCAGUCCCCCGCUGCCCGAAGCCCUGAGCCCCCACUAUGGCAUCCCGGAGAACAACAGCCCCCUUGGGGGCAAAGCCGGGCCCCUGACAAAGGAGAAACCGAAGCGGAAUGGGGGCCGGGGGCUGGAAGACGUGAGGCCCAGCGUGGAGAGCCUGUUGGAUGAGCUGGAGAGCUCCGUACCCAGCCCCGUCCCCGCGAUCACUGUGAACCAGGGCGAGAUGAGCAGCCCGCAGCGCGUCACCUCCAGCCAGCAGCAGACACGCAUCUCGGCCUCCUCGGCUACCCGAGAGCUGGACGAGCUCAUGGCUUCGCUGUCAGAUUUUAAGAUCCAGACCCUGGAGCAGAGCGCAGACGGAGAGCUGUGCUGGGCGGCUAGCUGGGCUCCGGAUGGCAGGCAGAGCGGUCAAGGGCGAGACGAGGGAGGGUUCAUGGCCCAAGGGAAGGCCGGGAGCAGUUCCCCGCCUGGCGGGUCCCUGAAGCCAGGGAGCCAGCUCGACAGCAUGUUGGGAAGCCUUCAGUCGGACCUCAACAAACUUGGGGUGGCCACAGUCGCCAAGGGUGUCUGUGGGGCCUGCAAGAAGCCCAUUGCCGGGCAGGUUGUGACCGCCAUGGGCAAGACGUGGCACCCGGAGCACUUUGUCUGCACCCACUGCCAGGAGGAGAUCGGCUCCCGGAACUUCUUUGAGCGGGAUGGGCAGCCGUACUGUGAAAAGGACUAUCACAACCUGUUCUCGCCACGCUGCUACUACUGCAACGGCCCGAUCCUGGAUAAAGUAGUGACGGCCCUUGACCGGACGUGGCACCCUGAACACUUCUUCUGUGCCCAGUGCGGGGCCUUCUUUGGUCCUGAAGGCUUUCACGAGAAGGACGGCAAGGCCUACUGCAGGAAGGAUUACUUUGACAUGUUUGCGCCCAAGUGUGGCGGCUGUGCCCGGGCCAUCCUGGAGAACUACAUCUCGGCCCUCAACACCCUGUGGCACCCUGAGUGCUUCGUGUGCCGGGAGUGCUUCACGCCCUUCGUCAACGGCAGCUUCUUCGAGCACGACGGGCAGCCGUACUGUGAGGUGCACUACCACGCGCGGCGCGGCUCGCUCUGCUCCGGCUGCCAGAAGCCCAUCACGGGCCGCUGCAUCACCGCCAUGGCCAAGAAGUUCCACCCCGAGCACUUCGUCUGUGCCUUCUGCCUCAAGCAGCUCAACAAGGGCACCUUCAAGGAGCAGAACGACAAGCCUUACUGUCAGAACUGCUUCCUCAAGCUCUUCUGCUAG